AGGUCAUUGACAAGCUAUUGCAGCAUUGUGGCCGUGCCUGGUCUAGGUGCAAACGCGGUCAAGAGUUGGCAAUGGGAUAAACCGCCCAGUAAAUUCAACUGGAUCACCGAGAAGAAGAACAUUGGUGGCUUAGCCAAAGACUGUCCAACUGCUCGCGUGCUCCUAUAUAACUAUGCUUCGGCAUAUCAAGGUGCAUACCAAAUCGAACAAUAUAUGACAAAUAUCGUCACGAUACUUCUUGACCAACUGAAGGCGAAGAGGGAGAAGCAUUCACGUCGCCCAUUGGUGUUUCUCGGCCACAGCAUGGGAGGUCUCGUGGUAGCCAAGGCAUUGAUAACUGCUGAAACCCAAGGCCAAAAGUACCCUGACAUGUAUGAAGCUAUCUCGGGCUGCCUUUUCUUCGGCACGCCCUUCAAUGGGGCUCCAGUUGCCGACAUUGCCAAAGAAUGGGCGACUAUCAACGAGAGACUUGGAAGAGCAAUUAACUCCCAGCUGAUUACCCUUUUGCAGCCCGGGAACGAGCAACUCAAGGAGUUGAAAGAUGAUUUUGUUCGCUCUGUGAACAAACUUGGACAGAAAGUCCGAGUGCAUUGCUUCUGGGAACAGAAGGACACACACUGGGAGCAACUCAUUGCAAAGCUUGCAAGCCAAGAGUUUCCUCCCUCUUCGCUCGGAAAACUCAGUCUAACGUACCGCCGUUUUGUCUCGAGAGAGUCAGCUACACUGCCCGGCAUGGACCAGACUGGCAUUCCCCGAGCGCACCGAGAUCUCGUGCGUUUUGAGUCGGACAAGGAUCCAGAAUACCAGCUUGUGAAAGCCCCCCUUCGAGAUAUUGUGAACGCUGCGUUGCGUGUAGCAAAAGCACGUUUCAACGAUACACGCCAGCUAGCUAUCGAUCCUACGAGUUACAGGCGAAUCCUUGAAGUUUUGGAAGGGGCGGAGCCUCAACAAAAACUCAGGGUUCUCCGGCAGAAAAUGACGUCCGAAUCCUGGAUCAUCAGAGAUGGGGAGCCUGAAUAUGUUGACUGGCUGACGAGCGCGAGUCGAGAUAACAACUACUUGUGGAUUCAUGGACCCGAAGGCAAGGGAAAGAGCAGUGCUGCUGCGGCCAUCAUCGGUGCGGUCAAAGAGCACAUUCGGAAGGUCGAAGAGCGCGGAGAUCAGUCACCUCACUUGCUCGCCUACUUCUUCUGUGACAACACGCCUGAUUAUCACACGGCCGAAGACGUCGUCAAGAGCCUCGUGCGACAGUUGUGUCAACAGCAGGAAGUUCUAGCCACAUAUGCCACCCAGUUCCUGGAGAAAAAGCUCGAUCAGAGAGUGCGGAAUAAAGCGAACCUCAGCAUCGAAAAUCUGUGGCAAAGCUUGGAGGAGAUCCUGUCCGAGGGAACCAUCGACACAAUAUACUUCGUCAUCAACAACCUGCACGAGCUUGACCAGCAGUCUCCCUCGACAACGAAGCUGUACAAUUUCAUUCAGGAGGACAUUGAACGCACGUCUUCCGGCAAUCACAGAAAAGUCUGGACGAAGUGGCUCAUCACCAGCCGAAGUUACAAGGUCAUGCAAGAUGCAUUGGGUUCGAAGAUUCGUGCUAUCGACCUUGAUGAUCCGAAGUACGGCAAUAAGCAGCAACGAGAGCUACAGAAAUAUGCAUGGACGAAGGCCGAAGAUUUGCAGAAGAAAAAAGGGUACACUAUGGCCAUGACAUACCUCACUGGGAGUGUCAUUGGCAACCGGGCAGACCACACCAAAUGGAUUGACGUUGCUGUCGUCCAGCUUGCUGCGUUACCUGCUGAGUCGAGCGAAAUCAAGGUGCAACGAAUACUUGAACAUGUGCCUCAGAACUUCGAGUCUCUUUUGGACGAUGCUUGGUUCUCGAUUCUGAAGCGAGACGAUGAAGAUAUGGAAAACAUCAGAGAACUCCUUCGUGCACUCGUACUCACUUACGAAGAUCCUCGAGAGAACGAACUGCUGGUUCUAGCAGGUCUCUCAAUACACGACGAAGAAUGCAAAGCCGAUCUUCAGAAGCUAAUCAACAAGUGCCAGCCCUUGGUCACUACCCGUGUUUCUGGGGACGAUACUUUCAUUGGCUUUGUCAACGUGGACGUCAAAAAGCACCUCCUGGAGCAUUCACGACAAUUGCUCGAUAUUGGUGACGAGUGGAUCAAGUGGCAGCACGGAAAGAUGUCUCUUCGAUGUUUCUCGCACAUCAUGGAUGCGAUAGGAAAGAACGAGUUUAAGACGAUUCAAGACGCAGACGCCACUCUAGAAGGUGAUGAGUCGGCUGCGCCAGCUGAUGUCAAAGAGUGUGGACCCCAUAUUGCUCUGGACUACGCAACCAGGUACUGGCUUCACCAUGCGAGUGAUGCCUCACUGGAUAUUGCCGAGAUUAUCAGUCGGAACAAAUUAUUCUGGGCCGCUGAAUCAGCAGUACGGCUGCGCUGGAUCCAGGAAUAUGAGGACCUGACCAAAUCCUUGAGCAGCUUCGACUUUUCGACGUGGAAGGCGUUGCACGUUGCUGCGGCCAUCGGCUUCCCACACCUGGUGACGGCGCUUCUGAAAGAGGGAUAUGAGAAGGGAGUUCAUGAAUAUGACUCUCUUUUCAAUAAGCCACUUCAUCUUGCCGCUUUCUACGGGAACAUUGAAAUCGUUGAAGAAUUACUCAUCGCAGGGUCACCCGUUGACGACAUGGGACACUCUGGCCGGAACGCAGGUCCCCUGGCGAUGGCGGCUUAUAACGGCCAGACAGCAGUGAUGAGUAAGCUUAUCACGGACUGGAAGGCCAAUAUCAACGCGAUUGAUGAUCAGACGGGCCCUAUCCUGAAUGCCGCCAUUCUCUCCGGAAACACGGAUGCGGUCAAUCUCCUGCUC